AGGCAAAGACACAUCAACUGUUGUACGCAAACAGCUUCAAAGACAACUUUUAUAACGAUUUGACUUUGGAGGGACUCACCUACAUAUAUAUACAUUAACACACAGACAACAAAACACCGGUUACCAUUCGUUCUUGUUCCCCAUCGUCAUAAUUAUCAUCACUACCAUCAUCAUCAUCACCAUCAUCAUCAUUAUCAUUACCAUCAUCGGGUCUGUCCGUGUCGGCCAAGGGUAUCCCAACAAUUCAACUCACAGUGCACGAUUAUCUGGGGUACGGGCUGGUCACACAGGUGCUUCACAAUUCACAACUGUGUUCAAGUAUAUAACCAUUCAAUUUAUCAUCACAACUCAUUUGAUUAUCAAUCAGAUGUCAUCCAAUUAACGCGAGUGACUUUAUAAAAUCAAAUUAAAAAAAUAAUUCAAUGAAAAAAAAUUAAUAAAUAGGAAAAAAAAGUGAUAAAAUUAAAUAGAAAAGAUAAAAUAUAAAAGGGAAAAAAAAUAAGAGUCAGAAGAAGAAGAGGAAUCUCAUCUCUCUGACCGUAGAACUUACAACGGGGUCACUACCCUUCGUCCAGUGGCAAGGCCAACCACAACGAUCUCACGUUCUUCGAUCAACUCUGAGACUCAACAGAAAUAAUAUAAUAAUUUUCAAGUUGAUAUUUUAAUUUUUUUUUUUUUUCCAUAUUUAAAGAUAAUUGUUAUAAUUUAAAUAUAUACCUUGAGACAAGAGGAAAUAUAUAAUAAAAAAAAAAAAUCAUUCGUGAUUUUUAUACAAGUGAUUUUUGACAGGUAUGCCGAGGUAAUCUUCACAAAAUAAAAAUCAAAAGAUAAAAAAAAUCAAAAUGAGAAGAAUCAUAAACUACAUGUUGCUCUUGACAUUUCUCUCGGGAGUAAAAUUUCAAUCGGCAUUAAAACUUCCAAUUGAAGAUGAGAGAUUUCAUAAUUCAGAAAAAAAUUUAAGAUCAAGGCUGAUUACAUCAAUGCCGAUGUUUUUGAAUGAAGAAAAAAUAAAUAAUUAUGAUGAUGAAAAUAUAUCAAAACGUACAAUUCGUUCUUCUGAAUUACCUGCAUCACCAGCAGUACUUCUUCGACCUGAUAAAUUUCAAUUUUAUACAUUUAAUCAAAGAGGCGAUGUAAUUACAAAACAAAUGACUGAACAACAAAUACAAAGUUUAAUUGCUGCUGGUGGUGGACAUUUACCAAUGGAAAUUCAUGAGCCUCAAAAAGCUGGUGAUGUUCCAUUAGGAGGUUUAAAGGUUGCUGAUGUUGUGCGAAAUGUUCAGAAUGUAUUGAGUAGUGAGUUAAAUAAACCAACACCAGUUAUAACUUCAAUGCCAACAAUUCCUGGUCAUGCAAAUUCCGAUUGGAGUAGUAUAUUACCCUCAAUUUUAUCUGGUGACAUGGAGACUAUUUCAUCAGGUGAACAAAGUAUGACGAUUGUCACUGAAACGCCAGAAAUAAUAUCGAUAAAUCCAAUCGAACCACAAAGUGUACAAAAAAAUAAUGGAAUGUCAUCGAGUAAUGAUAAUAAAUUUGAAGAGAAACCAAUGAUUCAAGUACCGGUUAUAACGGUAGAUGAACUACCAAAUCGUCAAUCUCUAUCUAAUAUCAGUUACCAACACGAAAAAGAACAGUCAACUAAUGGUCCAAUAUUUGAAAAAUUAAAUACCAUUUCAGCUUCUCAAUUGAAGGAUCAGCAAAAGCUUAAUAAUACAAUUUUAACAUCAAUGAAAAAUACAUCAGUACAAAAUCAAAUGACAGAUGCUUCUGAAAUUAUUGAUCAAUCAAUUAAAUAUAUUUCAACAAAUAACGCAACUUUAGAAAAUAAAAAUAAUACAAUCAUUGAUGCUCUGACAGAUACCAACUCAAUGUCAAUCAAAGUUCCUGUUAAUGAAGAUGAGAUAAAAACCCAAGAAAUAUUAAAACCAAAACCUGAUAUUGCAAAACCUGUUUCAAUUAAAAAUGAUAACAAAAUUAUGCCAAAUGAGACUGUGAAAGUUAAUCAAACAGAAAAUAUAAAACUUGAUACUGUAAAAUUAUCAGAUAAUGACAAAAUAACAAGUGAAAUUAAAAAACCAAUUGAAGUUUUAAAUGAUAUUAAAAAUACAUCAAUUAAUACUGAUAUUUUAAAUGAUACAUUUAUUAAACAAACAACUGAAUUUAAUGUAGAAAUAACAACAAUUGUGCCAGUUAAAAAUAUAUCUGAACAGACAGGUGAAAAAAUUGUAACGGAAGUUUCAACAAAAGCAACUGAUACACCAAAUAUUCCAAUAGUACUACUUUCAAUUAUUCAAACGAGUGACAAGAAAAAUAUGACAAAUGAGACGUUAAAAUCUUCAACAACUGAAAAACCGGAAGUUGAAAUAACCACAAUAUAUUCAACACCAAUUACAACAACGGUAAAAAUUGAUAUUCCCACAACAACCUUGACAUCUAUAACAACCACUCCCAAAGUUGAUGUUACUACUGGUACUAUUUCUGUUACUGAACCUGUAAAAUUAAUUCAAGAAGAUACAAAAGUAGAAAUGACAAAUCCAGCAGUUGAAACUAAAACUAAAAAACCACAAAUAUUAUUAACAACUAAAGAAGCAAUAAUUGAUUUUACAACAGAAAAUCCAUCAACUACUGAAGCAAUAAAAACAUUUACGACUGUAACACAAACUGAAGAAGCAUCAACCACAAUGUCAAGUGAAUUUAUUUCAUCUACAGAUGCCACAUUGAUUAAUCUUGUAUCUUUAAAUUCAACAAAAAUUCCACUCAACCCAUUACCAAUUGAUUUAGCUGAUUCACUUUCAAGUAUGAUUUCACAAAUAUCAAAAGAUGUUCCUGUUGUAGUUACAUCUCUUGAUAAAAAUAAAACUGAUAUACCAAUGGCUGAUUUAACAAAUAAGUUUGCAGAUAUUAUGCAAGAAAAAACAACAAUAAAAGAAGAAAUAUCAACAACAGAAAUUCCUACAACAGUAAAAUAUUCAUUGAAUGAUAAUGCAAAUAAGUUUGCAAAUAUUAUGCAAGAAAAAACAACAAUAAAAGAAGAAAUAUCAACAACAGAAAUUCCUACAACAGUAAAAUAUUCAUUAAAUGAUAAUGUUAAAGAAAUUUUGUCAAUUAAAAAUACGACAAGUAGUACUAUUGAAGAGACAACUACUGUACAACCAACUACACUUGAUGCUGUUAUUACAACAACAGAAAAAACUUCAAUGAAAAUUAAAGAACAAAAUUUAAAUGACACAACUGAUUUUAAAAUACAAAGUAUAAAUAUUGAAAAAGUAUCGUUAAUUAAUGAAAAUAAUAAAAAUAUAUUAAAAGAUAUAGUAACAGUUAAAUCAGUGGUUGAUGAAGAAUCAACAGAAACACCAAUUGUUCGUAUUGACGUGAUGGAAACAAAGCCAGAUACAAUAGUCAAGAAAAAUAUCACUGAGAGCGUUGGUAAUUUAACUGAAUCACCACUUGUUAGAAUUCAAAUAAAAGAAUCAAUUUCAACGAUACAUCAAUUAUUGGAAUCAUCACCAAUUGUCACGAGUACACCAGCUGUGGAAAUUUUAACAAUGCCAACAAAUGGUGCAGCUAAUAAUAUAAGUAGUGGACUAAUUGCUGGAUAUCCAAGUAAUGAGACAACCUUACUCAAUUUAAAACCAUCUGAAAAUGUAAAAUUGGAAUCAAAAGAAGAUACUGAUAGUUAUUUAGAUACAGCAACUUCUACAACAGCGAAUGUUUAUGACAAAAAAAACUUGUCAAUAUUUGAUUUAAUUGAAAAAUAUGAAGCUACAACAGAAAAAAUUCAAAUUGAUCCAGAUACAACAGAGUUUACAAUGCAAAAAAUUGAGUUUGAUCAGUUGCCAAUUUCAAAAAAUAAGCCUAGCUUAUCAACAACAACAACAACAACUGAAAAAAUAGAAAAAGAAAAAAAUAAAAUUGACAACACAACAGUAGAAAUAACAACUGAAAGUUUUAAAAAUUCUACAGAAAUUUCAAUAAUAAAAAAUUCGACAACAGCACAACUUAUUGAAAAUAUUAAAAGUACUGAUGAAAAUUUAAGUUCUUCGUCGUUCAAUCUUCUUCCAGUAACAUCAACAGAAUUGCCAAAAAUAGAAAAUAUUGUUUUAAAAAAUACAACUCCAGUAGUUGAAUCAACGACUGUUAUGUUUUUGGAAAUAUUAAAUUCAACAAUGAGCAAUAUUAAAAAUGAUACAAAAACAGUUGAAGUGUUGCCUAUGACAACAAUAAAACCUUUAAAUUUAAAUGCUUCAGUUGUUCGAGUUGAUACUACUCCUGAAAUUCAAACGAUUGAACUUUUAAAUUCAAUGAAACCAACAGCACCAAAAAAAUCAGAUACAAAUGAUACUUUGAUAAGUGUAAAUGAUGAAUCAAAAAUUAAAGUUGAUCAAACUACAGUAAAAGGAAAUAAAUUACAAACAACACAGCCAUCAGUAUCAUCAACAACUUCAUAUGUAAAUGAUUCAUAUAAAAAAUUGGGUGAAACUCAUGCUGUACUCAACAAAUCAUCAAGCACAACAUCUUCAUCCUUGGAAAAAAUACCAUCAAGUUAUUCUACAGAUAUUCCAUUAAAAGUAAAAGAUCAGAAAAAAGAUUCAAGCAUGGAAUUAUUAGAAAUUAUGUUGCCAAAUAAAAUUUCUACAAAUUUAAAACCAUCAUCAUCAUUAGCUGAUAAUAUAUCAUCACAAACAAUUAAGCCAGAAACAACAACAAAGCUAGCAGAAUUAAUAAAAAUAAAUGAAUCUGCAAAAAUUCCAUUGGAAUCAGAAAAAUGGACUUUAAUACCUCAAAAACCACUAACAGGUUUAAUUAAAAAUGGAAAUUAUGGUGGUAAAAUAAAUAAUAAAAAACCAAUUGAAGCUGUUAUUGAAAAAGAAUCAAAAAAACCAACAAGUGAGACUGAAAUUUUACAGCUAUCAUUGGAUCAUGCAACAACAGCAGAAAGUUUAGAUACAAGUGUUAAAAAUUUAGAUAAUGAUGUAUUAUAUUUUACAAAUUUAUGUAAUGAUCUUGCAUUUACAUUUUGGACAGCAACAAAUCAAGGUUUAAGUAAUGCAAGAUCUCUGGCAUUAUCACCAUUUGGUAUGACAAGUAUGCUUGCAAUGGUAUUUUUAGGUGCACGUGGUCCAACAUCAGAUAAAAUGAAUGAUAUUCUUAAACUUGAUGAUGUUGCAUCAUUUAAUCCUCAUCUUGUUUUUCAAAAUGUAACUGAUUCAUUGAGUAUUGCACGUAAACAAGGUAUUGCAAAUGCUGCAUUUGUUAGAGAAUUAUUUGCUGAUAGACUUAAAGUUAGAAAAUUAAUGCCAUUUUAUAAAGAACAAGCACAACAAUUUUAUGAUGGUUCAGUUGCUGAAGUAAAUUUUGCAACAAUAAGUGAUCUUGCAAGAAGAAGAACAAAUUUAAUGAUUAGACAACAAACUGGUGGAAGAAUUAAAAAUUUUGUUAGUGAUAAUAUUGUAUCAUUAAAAGCUCCACUUGCUGCAUUAUCUGCUAAUGUUUUUCAAAGUGAUUGUAAUGAUGUUGAUGCAAGUUCUGAAGGACGUGAUGGUGAACUUUAUUUUGCUGUAUCACCAGCAAUUAGACAAAGAAAAUUAAUUCCAGUACCAUCAGUUGUAUGGAGAAAAGGUGUUUAUGCUGGUUAUGAACCAGGUUUAGAUGCAACAGCUGUAUCAUUAGGUGGUCCAGAAAAAUUAAUUUCAACAAUAUUUGUUAUACCUGGACAACAAGGAUUUACUGCAUCUGGUGAUAAUUUAGAAUUACUUGAAGAAAGACUUAUCAGAGAAGCUACACAUGAUGGUGCAUGGAAUAAAAUUCUUAAAGUUAUUAUUCCAAGACCUGGAAUUGAACUUCAAUUACCAAAAUUCAGUCAUAAAAGUAUUAUCAAUGCUACAUCAGCACUCAAGAGAAUGGGCUUGGAAGAAUUAUUUGAUAAACAUGCUAAUCUCAAAGGAAUUAAUGGUGUUGGAGCUGAUUUACAUCUUUCAGAUGUUUUACAGAUGAAUCUCUUUAGUACUUGUGGUGAUGAAAAUAUUAUGAAUAGUAAAAAUCAUGUUGAAGUUUAUCCUGGUACACCACAAAGAAAUAUUCGUUUUCUCAAAUCCGAGAAAGAAGAUGAAUUUGAUUACAAUGAAAAUAGUGAAGAAGAAAAAGAUGAUGUACUUUUAUCAAGACCAGUACGACAAACUGAUGAAUCAGAAAAACCAAGAAUAAAAUUAGACAGGCCUUUCCUUUAUUUUGUACGACACAAUCCAACUGGUUUAAUUCUUCAUAUGGGUCGUUUUAAUCCAAGACUUUUACCAUAAAUAAAUCCCAUAAAUUUGCUCAUAUUAAAUAUAAAUUUUUUUUUUUAAUUUUAAUUUUAAAUCAAAUGAUAAUAAUUGAGAUUAUUUUAAAAAGCCAA